CUUGCUUUGAAUUCGAAAGUAGGAAACGUAAACAAUGUUUGAUUACAAAUUCUGGCUUUUUAUUUUGCCCUUUUCAACAAUAUCGGCAAUUGUUUAUAUUGUCACAAGAAAGAAGGAAAAAGAAACGUAUACAUCGUUGGAAGAAAUAGGAUUGUUUGAUUUAAUUGUAAAGCUUGGUUAUAAACUUCUCAGGUGUCGACGGCAAGGGGAGUUAAAGAUCUCAGAUAAGCUCGUUUAUACUGCGGGCUCUGAUUCAAGCUAUUCUUUGAUAAUCUAUCCGAAGAAUAAUAAAGUUGGAUCAAAAUCUAUCAGAUUAAACAGAGACCACAUCGACCAGUACAAAGCUUUGUGUGGGUAUGGCGGUCAUGGGCACGGAGUGCCCGUCUGCUAUGCGGAAACAAUCUUCUUCAAGCUUCUGGCGACCUUAGUAGCGUCCGACCGCUUCUGUCUCUCUCCGUUAGGCCUUAUUCAUAUCGCCCAAACAAUCAAGCAGCAUGAAUCCUUGGGGAGGUUUUUGGACAAGGAACUGUUCGCAGAGGUCGCUGUCGUGGAAUACAGGAAAGGCGAAAAGGGCGUGGAGGUAGAUUUCCGGUUACGUCUGAUGGCAUCUCGCACUUACUGUGUAUGGGAGGGGCUCACCACGUGCCUGUCAAGGUCACAUGACCGAGCGGCUAGGUCACGCCCACUCGAGCCUGAAGACAAUAUUCACCAGUACAGUGAGGACAUUCCUGUAGCUGAUGACUGUGGAGUAAACUACGCACGCCUGACAGGCGACUGGAACCCGCAUCAUCUGUAUCGCUGGAGCGCUUGGCUGCUCGGAUACAAGCGCCCCAUUGCACACGGAAUUUGGACUCUGUCGAGGGCUAUUGCAUCCCUCGAAAAACACUCAAGUUCAGACAGUGUAAAACAGGAGGUUCGCUGUACCUUCAAGGGGCCUCUGUACAUGCCCGGGCGCAUGCGCGUCCAAUUCGAGGAUCCGUCCUACGCGCAGACCACUUCCGGUUGCCGUCUUCUGGUAUCCAACCCUGACACCGGGGAACCGCACGUGGAGGGUGUGAUAAAAUAUAUCGGCAGAGAGUAGAAGGGCGUUUGAAAGAAGUGGCACCUACUUCUGUGUUUAACAUUAUCACGUGUCCCUUUCUUUCCACAACUCUGCAAAAACAAUGUCUUUGGUGUCGUAUCUAUCCAAAUCUGUUAAAUGAUUUUCAAAGAUAUGAAUUUUGAUUAAACAAUAUUCUUUUCAGUAUUUUGCGACUAAAACUGCACUCUCACAGAUAAACCGUUUUUACAACUUUUUUGUUGUUGUCUUGGAAUGAGCAAAGUUUGCGUAAAUAUCUGCAAACCAGUGAUAAAAGUCUGCUGACAAAAGAUUAGAACGCAGAUUUUCAUAUUUCCGUUCGAAAAUUAAUGUUUUAUGGCUAAAAGCGUUACUAAUGGUUAAAGAUAUAGCAUCGGUAUCAUUUUUUGAACUUAAAUAUAAAAAUCUCCGAUUUUUUUGUCAGCAGUCUUAUAUGACUGGUUUACAUGCAUUUUCGCAUAAAUUGGCUCGUUCCAAGACAUAAGUUAAAAAGUUGUCAAAACGUUCAAUCUGUGAGAGUGCAGCUUUAAUGUCAAAGGUAAACGUGUUGUUUUCGUGUGUAUGCAAGGGCUUAGGCAGUGUAUGUUUUGAAUUAAUGACACAAUUGUUUAGUAAUACUCACUUUUAUUAUCACUAGUGUAGUUUGUUUGGAAGUGCAUGUAAGUCGUAUCAGCGUUUAUCGUUUUAAAAUCAUUAAAAAGAUAAAAUAAUUGUGUAUCGUUGUAUAUAAUAAAAUCGUUCACUUAU